UCUCCUUUUUAUAUAUCUCUCUACUUUUUAUACUUUUCAGUUCCGGGGGACUUAGGUAAUCAGUUGGAAGCAAAGUUAGAUAAGCCAUCAGUGGUGCACUAUCUCUGCUCUAAGAAGACAGACAGUUAUUUUACACUCUGGCUGAAUCUAGAAUUGCUUCUGCCUGUCAUCAUUGACUGUUGGAUUGAUAAUAUCAGGCUGGUAUAUAAUCGAACAAGUAAGAUUACAGAACCACCAGAUGGAGUGGAUAUCAGAGUCCCAGGAUUUGGGCAGACAUUUUCCUUGGAAUUUCUUGACCCAAGUAAAAGGAGCGUUGGAAGUUACUUUUAUAUGUUGGUGCAGAGUUUAGUAGAUUGGGGCUACAAACGUGAUGAAGAUGUGAGAGGAGCACCUUAUGACUGGAGAAAGGCACCAAAUGAGAAUGAAGACUAUUUUGUGGCACUUCGCAAGAUGAUAGAGUUACUGUAUGAGCAAUAUGGAAGCCCUGUUGUCCUGAUUGCCCACAGUAUGGGGAACAUGUACACCCUCUACUUCCUCAACCGCCAGCCCCAGGAUUGGAAAGACAAGUACAUCAAGGAUUAUGUGUCAUUAGGUGCUCCAUGGGGAGGAGUGGCUAAAACUCUCCGUGUGCUGGCUUCAGGUGACAACAACAGAAUCCCUGUUAUCAGUUCACUCAAGAUCAGAGACCAGCAGAGAUCAGCAGUUUCCACGAAUUGGAUGCUCCCCUACAACUACACGUGGCCUCCAGACAAGGUCUUUGUAAGCACUCCCACAGCUAACUACACCCUGCGGGAUUACUGGAAGUUCUACAGGGACAUUAACUUCGAGGAUGGCUGGCUGAUGAGGCAGGACACAGAGCACCUGGUGUUCCAAAUGACCCCGCCCGGCGUGCGCAUCCACUGCCUGUACGGCACUGGCGUGGAAACCCCCGAUUCCUUCCACUACGAAAGCUUCCCUGACAAAGAGCCCAAGAUUUUCUACAGCGAUGGGGAUGGGACAGUGAACUUACAGAGUGCCUUGCAAUGUAGAAAGUGGGUGAACAUGCAAAAACAGGAAGUGGUGAUGCUUGAGCUUUCAGGAAACGAGCACAUUGAAAUGCUGUCCAAUGAUACUACUAUCUCCUAUGUGAAAAAGCUGCUCUUUGAUUUGUGGUAACCUUGUGUUGAUAGUUAUUUUCCUCACCUGUGAUGCCUUCCCUUAAAUAAGAGGAAAUGCCUUUUAAUCCCUUGUUAUUUAGAUAUCUGAAUUAUUUAUUUUGCUUUUUUUAAAAGGUUGUGUUCAAGUUGCUUGGUGUUCUAAAUGAUCAUUUGUCUCUGAUUUGUGUUUGAUGCUUCAUGGUAUUUUCACAUUCUGCAAAUUUUGUCAAAUUUUCGUUUUGGUGCCUCUGGUGUUGUGUCCAAUGAUCAUACAGACUUUCAUUUGGAUAUUGUGCAGCCCCUUGCACAUACCACAUGGAGUCAUAGAUCCCAGAGUUCCUUUGUGUGGCCUUUUCAGGUUUGGAGUGGAAGGCCAGGAAGGAUGACAGUUUUGGAUGCCCAAGGGAAUGGUAUUAACAAUUUGGCAAACUCAGUAAGCUUUUUAAAGGGUCUGAUCCACAGUUCCCAGUAGUUUGUAAAUGUGCAUAUCUACUAGGUAAAAUAGUGAAAAGGUCUGCCUGGAACUGUGCUACCAUUUUUGUAAUCCAGACUUUUAUUUAUUACAGCCUGGGAGGUAAAAAGAUAGAUGUGUAAAUUACUUGAAGCUUCUUUAUUAGGUGCCCUACUGGGUUAUUUUAGAAAGAAAAAAUUGUUUGCUCAUCAACUUCUAGAAUCCCUGAUCACAUGCUCUCUGGAGUUUGAGGAAUUCUCAGCCUGUGCUUUGUUUCUCAAUGAGGGAAGGAAGCUAAACUGGUUGGUGCUUGUAAUAACUGAGGCAGUGUGGAGUAGCAUGUAAAUCAAAGCUAAUUGAAUACUGGCAAACAAUCUAUAAGGUAUGGAAUUGCAUUUCUGGGUGGAAAACAUAAUGGAUGGUGAGCAAUCUUCAAAGAAAAGUGAACUUCUGAAAUGGAGUGGGGAAUGGAAAGCAGCAUAAUGUUGUAUGGAGUAUUAAACCUUGUUCUCAUCAAAUACUUUGGCUCUGAUCCAGUUACCUGACUAAGCAGUGAUUAGAUCAACAUUGCAUUCCACUGAACAGAAAUUUUUUGCUUUAGGACUAAAAGUAGUUUCCCAUAGAUUAAAAGUUUCAUUUUUGCUGUUUCAAGAAGUUGGGACAUGUGGUUCCUUAAAUUUCUAUAAAUUGCUGAACACGCAAUUCUGUAAUUUCCUACACUGUAGUUCUACUCAGUGUUAAAAUAGUGAUUUCAACUCUGACCUCCACAGAAGUGCUGGCCUAAAGGCCAUCAUAUUUACCACCUUGAUUACAGAAGUCCUGUUGGAGAAAUAGUUAUACUCAAAAGUUCUCUUGCUUGCUUUAAAACCAGUCACCCAGUUAGAUUGCACUUAGUUUUCUAAAAACAUAGCUUUGAAUGCUUUCAAAAUGCUAGGUUCUCCUAGAAAAAUAUUUUAAAAGUUUCAGGAACUCAUCAAACUAUUAAGGGUUCAUUACUUAGGAAGCUAGAUUUGUCUAAAGGCUAAAGUUUUAACUAUUUUGGUAGCAUGCCUAAAUUGUUUUCUGCCUUUGGACAUAUCAAUAAGAUGUGGAUGGGCUUGAACUCUUGCUGUUGUAGAAUGGAACCAGGAGGAAGUUUUAAAGCUUUAGUUUUAAUUCGGAAGUCUCUUGUUAAUUCAAAACAAUUUGAACUAGGGUCAUCAACAAGCUAAAUAUCUUACCAGGUUUUAACUUCCCUAUGUAGCUUUAUUUCCCCCUCUGCAUUUUUUUCCUAGUGCUUAUGUUGAGGGAGUGUAGACGUUUUCCUGGUUUUUAAAAUGGAUCGUUAAUCUUGUCCUCACUCGCCCAGGACCCUACAGUCCAGCAGCAAUAUUGCCUAGACUUUUCCAGAGUAAGUACUGAGUUGCCCACAGUCUUUGUAAUGUGUAGUUAUUGAAAUGGAAAAAAAAAAAAGAUGCCCUUUAGCCAAGUGAUCUAUUUUAUGCAGGGCUUGUCAGCUGGGUAAGUUUCAGGAUUGUGUUCCAAGACUGCUUGAAGAUGAUAAAGCUCUUCCUUGGUCUGACUCAAUUUUUGAAUAAAUGGCUAUUGGAAUAAAUUACAGAAAACAGCUAAUCACAAUCUGUAUUUUUUGCUGAAGGAGAAUGCCUGUUAAUAAGCACUGGAUUGAGUGGAGCUGGAGGCUGUAUUGCAGGAUACCAACAUAGACAUCAAGGGCUGAAAAAUGAGAAAAUAAUGUAGGUAAACAAUUCUUAACUUGAUCUGGAGAAUGUUUGUAAAAUUCAAUUGGAUCCUUGCCCAUUAAUCAGUAGCAUUUUCAAUCUCAUAGCAAGAAUUUAGCUGCAGGGUUUUUUUUUUUUUAAUUUGAUUUGAAACUCCAAAAUGCAUGAUUCAAAAAAUACUUGUUCUUUUUCCUCUUUUUUUUCUUUAGUACUUUUAAAAUGCACUUUGUGACCCAAAAGAAGAAAAAAAGCACAACUCUUAUUCUUUUCUAAUUUUGACAAACUUGUACUGUGUUUCUGAGAUUAGUUGGCUGUAUCUUUUAACCUAAAGAUUUCUAAGCCAGUUUUCCAUUAGUAGACAAGCCCUAGAGUGUCUCCUUAAAGUUGUGAUAGUGAAUGUGAUAAAAUGAAGCUGAAGGUUUUUUAAGGUUUUUGUUUUUUCUGUUGUUUGUCACUGUAAAGCCUUGUUCUGCUGUUGUAAAGAAAUGUGUGUACCUGAGUCCUAAGUACUGUGUGAGAGCAAGCACAGCACCUCUGGUGUUCUUUGAUUGGAUGUGGUGCAUCUGCAGGCUGUAGUUUUAUGUCCAGAAAGUGUGGGGGUUUUUUGGAUUUUUUUUUCCCCCUACCAAAUGAUCGUCAGCCUUUUCAUUUGCAGUUUCUUGCAUGUUAGGAUGCAGUUCUCAUUGAGAAGUGAAUGCAUUAUUGUACUCUGCAUGUGAGGAGUGGCUGCUCUCUGCAGCAGAUCCUCUGCAGGGACUGUACCGAGCAUUACUGUUACAGCAUUGAGCUGUCUCAAUUCUUGUGGGGACAGAGGUCUGAAAAAAAAAUCUUUAAGGAGAAUGUGGCACUUUGAUAAGAGGAUUAACUCAGGUGCUUUGCCACACUGCACAGCUGAAAUGUCUGAAUUCACUAAUGUAUCUUUGUUAUACCUAAAGCAUUAAUUAUGUGUCUCCAUAAUUUUUACUCAUUUUAUUCUUCCAGGAUAUUUUCAGAAACCAAAACUAGUCUUGAGGACCAAAUGUGUUUCUUAUUUUUGACAAUGUGUAUAGAAAAUGCUGAAGAAGCUUUCAGCUGUCAUUGUAGUACUUCUGAAGAGGUUCAGAGUCACUAUGUGAUUCUGUAUAAAAACAGAAAGCUUCAAUACCUAGCAAUAAUUGCAAAGGAUUUGCAGACCAAAGGAAGGAAUGUUUGGUAUUAAGGUAGUUCUUGGAGCACAGUGUGUUCAAGGCCCUCUUAAAUUCAGGGAAUGUUUGGCAGUGACUUUGCUGCUCUACACUAACCAGUAUUUUGUACAGAACAUAAUCUGAGGCCUGGCAUUUUUUAUGUUCUUGUGUAUCAAUGUGUUCAAUAGAUUUUGAAUAUUU